AUGUUUGAUUCAUUCAAGGAUCAUGGAUUCUUAAGCGUAAGCGAAAAAGCUGAUCGUGAAACAUUAAAUACAAUUGAAGAGUGUUAUUAUGUCGAAGAUAAUUUCGAUCCUAAAGAAUAUGAACUUCAAAAAUUAUUUUCAUCACAAAAUGGUAAUCCAUUUUUAAACCUUUCUGAUGUGAUAACACGUCGUGAUCGCCUUAAUACUCAAUUAACAGCUGUAUCAAAACGUGUAUCAAAAUUAGUCCUUGAAAAUAGUUCCUCAUAUUCUGCCGAAUUACAACGUGUUACUGUACUAACAAGUGCAUUAGAAGGUUCAAUUGAAAUAUGUCAUAAAGCACGAAGAAACCUUCGUCGUGCACAAUGUCAAAUAACAACACGAAAUUUAGGCUUAAUUAGAAAUGCAAUGCGUAAACAACAAUGGAUGAAUGUUCUUCGAAAUAUUGAAAAGUUAAAAAAAUUACACAGUAUUGAUCAAAAAUUGAAAGAAAUGGUGAAGCAAGAAGAUUUUGUUGGUGCAAUUCAAUUAUGUUCACAAUGUGAAAAUACUGUUCUUCAAUAUAAAGAGUAUCAAUGUAUAGGAGAUCUUUCAACAAAACUUCAAGAUACAUUAGAUUUUAUUGAAGAAUCAAUUGAUGUAACAUUAGCUAAACUUUGUUCAUACUUUAAUCCGCAUACAUAUCAACGUCUAUUAAAUGCUUAUCGUUUACUUGGAAAAUCAUUAACAUUUAUGGACCAAUUACAAAUGCAUUUUGUCAAUGUUGUACAAACACGUACAUUGGAAAUUUUGUUAAAAACUAUUGGAUCAACAAAUAAUGAUCAAAGUUUAUCUUCUUAUAUUGAUUUAUGCAAAGUAAACUACUUAUAUAAAAUAUAA